AUGAAAAUGUAAAAAUGCAUAAAAAUCUUCAGGCUAUUUAUAAUAUUUUCCACGUGUAUCUAAUAUGGCAGUGAUCUUUCGACAGCGUUGGCGGCACUCGCUGGUAGCCAGUUACGCACCAGCAACACGAACAGGCAACAACCAGCGGCGAACAAUCAGACGCACGAGAUGACCGUGCCAAACGAGCUGAUCGGGUGCAUCAUCGGCAAGGGUGGCACCAAGAUCGCCGAGAUCCGUCAGAUCUCCGGCGCUAUGAUCAGAAUCAGCAACUGCGAGGAGAGGGAGGGUGGUGCCACAGAUCGUACGAUCACCAUCACCGGAAAUCCGGACGCUGUGGCAUUGGCACAGUAUCUCAUCAGCAUGAGGUGAGUACACGGUGGCAGAGGAGCAUAGAUAUCACUGCAGUCUGUCCGACAUCUUGAAUAGAAAACGAAAGAAGAAGAAGAAGAAGAAGAAGAAGAAAAAGAAUGGAGAACGUUGAACGUUUUUGUUAGCAGUGUAGAUUUUUUUGAAAAUUUUCUUCGAAAGAGGAGAGUGGAAAUACACACAGUCCACUUGGUCAAUCUAUUAAGGAUCAUGUUUAAUUAAUUUCUUUUUUAAUUCACUCAGAAUGUUGCAGACUGUUUCUGGAAGCAAAUCUCGAAGAUUUGUUAAAUAA